GUGUGUGUGCGCGUGUAUGUGUGUCUGUAUGUGUGUUUACAAGUGUGCGUGUGCAUGCGUGUGUGCUUGACAUACAGAGUGGACUUAAGUGUUUCCACAGCGGGAAUCUAAGGUAAACCGGCCUCAAGAGAGCAUCUUGGUAGUGUACACAGCAGCUUAUAUAGAGGAUACACACUCACAAUCAAACCUAUGAUACAUGGCAACUAUCGGCCCCUUCCCUUACCUCAACAAAAUUUCAAUCAGAGGCUGACCAGGAGGGGCCAGACACCACCAACCAUUUUUAAAUGCUGCCUGGCGACACCUGUGCCAAACACAUCGUACUUUAAGUCGCAGCCUAGCCAGGCCACACCUAAACCGGCAGCCCAGGUCUCAGGUGUAAAGCCAGCACAGUUUGAGAAGGCCUCAUCAGGAUCCGCCAUGGCUACAAAGCCUGGGGUGGUUACCACAGCAACAGGCGGAGCCACAGGAAGUGGUGUCACGGCAGGAGGAAGUGCUUCAUUUGGGACAGCAGGAAAAGAGGCACCUAAAUCCAAACCAGAGACUAACACUACGCUGGCAGGUGCUACUGUUAUUGACAUGUCGUCUGCUGGGGCUACUGCUGUUGACAUGACAUCGUCAGGUGCAAGGGGCGGUCCUAAAGAGAUGCCGAAGACUGCACCUGUCUCCCAAGUCAAAACCACAGUUCCUUCUGCUGCAGCUGGAACAGCUGCAGCCGCUGGUCCGGCAGCGACCACUGCUGUGACCAAACCCAAAGACACAGCCAAGAGUACCACCGCCAUCAAAACAGUCAAAGCUGAUGUGUCUAAAGUUGAUCCUGCUAAAACAUCAACGGCUGCGGGUGGAAAUGUGUCUGUGCAUGGGAGAAAAGAAGAAAGUAAACCGACACAAACGAAGGUGCAGGUGGAGGUUCCUUCCCCAGCAGUUAAAGGAGCCAAAGAGGCACCUGCGGUGGAUCCAUUCGAUGCCCUGGCCAGCAUACUACCAUCAGCUGAUCCUGUCGUGCCCCGGCAGCCUGUAUACACUGGGCCAGAAGUCACAGAGCAUGGCAUUGCCUCUGAGAGGGCUCAGAAGUGUGGAGAAAGAGACGACACGCUGCCUCCAGGCUACAGAUUUGAAGAUAUGGCUCCAGUUCCUGCAGAUGUUAAACCCAAGGACGUUCCUAAACCACUGAGCACAGACGAGGCCCUGGAUUCCCUUUCAGCUGGAUUCAUGACUUCCACUGAUCUAGCUGCACCCAAAAAGCAAGAGAAGAAAGGCAAUGUUGACAGUGUCAGCGCCUCAUCUGCUGGCCCUGUUAACUUUGCACCACCCCCUGUAAAAACUGUGUGUCCUGCUCCUCCUGCUGAUAAGAAAGCCAAGAUGGAGAAAGCCUCCCAUGAUUUCUCUCUGGAGGCUGGACUUCCCUCUAUUCCUGCUACGAAAGCAGUUCCUCCUGUGGCCGUAUGUCCUGCUGCUCCUGCUGAUAACAAGGGUCACUCUAUAUCUGGGGAUGCUCUCAGUGCUCUUGGCGACAUGUUGGCACCAGACGAACCAAAACCUGAAUCCCCCAAACUCAGGCCUGAGGACAUCGUCUCGGAGGGAAAAUUUAAGAAGGAGAAGGGUGUGCGUGUGGGAGAACGUGAGGACACUCUUCCUCCAGACUACAGGUUUAAUAAGGAGGAACUCAUGAAACUGGCUCCUCCUAAACCUGAGCCCUCCAUGGGCACCGGGGAGGCUCUGGACAUUUUGUCUGGAGACUUCAUGACCUCCUCUACAGCUCCUGCAGUCAAGGCUCCUGUUGUCACCCCCCCAGCUCCUCCUGCACAGAAAGCCUCUGCAGUUCCCCCCGUGGCUGUGUGUCCUGCUCCUCCUGCUGACAAGAAAGCCAAGAUGGAGAAAGUCUCAGACGAUUUCUCCCUGGAGGCUGGACUUUCAGCUUCCACUGCCACGAGAGUUGAAUCGUCUGCAGUUCCCCCUGCUAAUAAGAAAGCCACUACUAGAAAGGACACCACUGACGGCAAGAUCAAAACUGAUCAGGGUCACUCUAUAUCUGGGGAUGCUCUCAGUGCUCUUGGCGACAUGUUGGCACCAGACGAACCAAAACCUGAAUCCCCCAAACUCAGGCCUGAGGACAUCGUCUCGGAGGGAAAAUUUAAGAAGGAGAAGGGUGUGCGUGUGGGAGAACGUGAGGACACUCUUCCUCCAGACUACAGGUUUAAUAAGGAGGAACUCAUGAAACUGGCUCCUCCUAAACCUGAGCCCUCCAUGGGCACCGGGGAGGCUCUGGACAUUUUGUCUGGAGACUUCAUGACCUCCUCUACAGCUCCUGCAGUCAAGGCUCCUGUUGUCACCCCCCCAGCUCCUCCUGCACAGAGCAAAGUAGACGAUUUAUCAGCUCUGGAUUUACUCGCUGGAGACUUUGUGGCUCCAACUAAAGCUUCUGGAGUUCAGGCCCCCGUCCCUCCUUCUACCAAGAUACCAGAGAGGACAGUUUGUCCACCCGGCAGAAUUGAUGUCAAGCCUGCUCAACCACAACAUGGAAAACCCAAGAUUGAGAAGGGUGACUCUCUGUCUCUGGAUGCUCUCAGCGCUCUUAGCGACACGUUGCCAGCUGAUGUACCAAAACCCGAAUCCCCCAAACUGAGACCAGAGGACAUUGUCUCGGAGGGCAAAUUUAAGAAGGAGAAGGGUGUGCGUGUGGGAGAACGCGAGGACACACUUCCUCCAGACUACAGGUUUAAUAAGGAGGAACUAAUGAAACUGGCUCCUCCUAAACCUGAGCCCUCCAUGGGCACCGGGGAGGCUCUGGACAUUUUGUCUGGAGACUUCAUGACCUCCUCUACAGUUCCUGCAGUCAAGGCUCCUGUUGUCACCCCCUCAGCUCCUCCUGCACAGUCCUCUGGAGACUUUGCUCUGGAUGCCUUGGCGGGAGACUUUGAUGCCUCCAGUGCUGCUCCGACGGUGAAGUCUGCUUCUUGUGUUCUCACAAAAACUCAACCAGGGAUGGAAGCAGGAGCAGACAACGCCCUGGAUGCUUUGUCAGACACCUUGAAGGAUAUCACACCCACCCCUCAGCCCAUCCCAGUUGUUCCUGCCAAAGACAUUGUCAAGGAGAAAAAGAUUGUUGAGGAGAGGCUGAUUAAGAUGGGAGAGAGAGACGACACACUGCCUCCAGAGUAUCAGCCCUCUGAGGAAGAUCUUAAGAAAAUGGCAGAAGCAAAGGCAAAAGCAGCUGCAGCACCAAAGGAGAAGACCAUGGAUGAUAACACAGCCUUAGACCUGCUUUCCUGUGAUUUCUCUGCUGCUCCCAAGCCUGCUGCACCAGCUGCAUCAUCUGCAGCCACAACAAAGCUGGAACCUCCUGUGCUCGACUCAGAGCCCCUGAAGCCAAUGGCUGGUGCUGUUUUGGACUCCCUGUCUGGCACCCUGCUCCCAGACGCCCCAGAGUCCAAAUCUAAAACAGACAAAUCAAAGGGCAAGAGCAAGUCAAAGUCAAAGUCAAAAAAACACCAUGCUGAAGAGCCGUCUGCCGCUGACCAGCUGUCAGCGCAGCUAAGCUCAGACGUUGUGCCAAGAUCUACAAAGCAGGGAGGCAAGAGCUAGAGCACUUGGUUGUCGGGGCAAUUUGUCCUCAAGGCCACAGGGACGCAUCAGUGAGGGAGCUGCUCUCCGGAAAAUUAUUCUCUUUUUUUCUAGAUCGCCAAGAAUGUAUACUGGAUGAAAGACAAGCCUAAACAUGCCUAUAACAUACAGACACACACACACACACACACACACACAUGCACACACACGCACACACGCACACACACGCUCACACACGCACACACACGCACACACACGCACACACACGCACACACACGCACACACGCACACACUCUGUGUGCAGCACCUUUCUUGUUCGGUUUGACAUGUAUUCAAGAAUGAGGAGCUUUUGGUUUCUAUCUUUGGAGCAAAUGAAAAGAAGACUUUUUAAAACAAGAUCGAUGUAAAGAGUGAGCCAUGAACAGACAAAGAAAGGAGGGAAACUGUGGGGAAAGAGAAGAGAAAGUUUAAUAGAUGUAAAAAUAAAAAAAAAAUGUUCUGCUGGUUGUUGUGCUGAAUGUGCUGAAGAAAGGAAGGGUUUGCUCAUCAGAGUCCUGCAUGUACAUCUCAGCUGACAGUUUCUAUCUUUCCAAUGAUACACUAAUAUCACAACACACCUGUUAUGUAAGCCUGGUGGUAUUGUGAUGUUGGUUGGCGCAGUGGUGACUGUCAGCUUGCGUGGGAGCAGUACGGAGUGGGUGUAUAGUAUUGGGAUGUUUGUGCAAUCUUGAUGUCAGAUGCCAUUAUGACACUAGUGUACAGCUUAGUUUGCUUUUAUUUUGGACAUACAUAGUUUACAUUAUUAAAUAUGUGGAGGAUUUCCAGGAGGUGUUCUGCUUAAUUCUGUAUCCGAGAGCUUCUUGCAAAUGCCUUUUACUUUCUGUAGAGAAAUAUCUGUCACGAGAAGGGUCUUUUUUUUAUGUAUUUGGCCAUGUAGAGAAAAAGAUUACUGGUGUCUAGAAGUGCAUUUAGUGAACCAAGGUGGUUACAAGCUUUGUAAACGGCCAUUUUGUAUACUGUAAAAAAAAAAAAAAAAAAGAUUUUUGCUCUAUAUAAGACAACACUGUGUAAUUUACAAAGAGCUUUCAACUGUAAAGUCAAAUCACUAUAAUUUCCCCAAGGUUAUUUUUUCGUCAUGUCAAAGGUUGCGUGUGUUGGUGUGAGUCAAAAGAUAUGAGAGAUAUUUUAGAUGUGGGAAAACGAAUUAAAUAAAAUAAAUAUAAAAAUUAGAA